CUAGGGAAGAAUAUUACGUCAAACGGCCUAAACCAGGAAGUAAGAAAUAUCAACAAUCAGGCCAGAGCGAGAAGAGUGACACGGUCGCCUGUUGGCGUUUAACGUUUUAAAAGGACCUUUAUUGCUAUAUAGUUUAGAAUCGCAGAAUGUCCGUGUUUGGGAAGCUGUUCGGCGGUGGGGGCAAAGGAGGUAAAGGGCCGAGUGCACAAGAGGCGAUUCAGAAACUCCGAGAGACCGAGGAAAUGUUAACGAAGAAACAGGAUUUUCUAGAGAAAAAGAUUGACCAGGAACUCAUUACUGCAAAGAAAAACGGCACUAAAAACAAACGAGGUGAGUAGCCAACCAACAUCACAUAUGAAUCUUCACGAUUGUUGUCUAACUUGGCUAGCUAAUUAAGCUAGCUAGUUAACUAAGGUUCGCCUGAUUUGUUAGCUAGCUGCAUUGGCUAGCUAACGUUAGUUGCUAGCUAGCUAACUUUCCGAGCAACCACACCUGUCACCGCAUAGUCAGGUUGCCAGGCUCGCCCUACCUCGUUGCACCAACUGUGUUAGAACAGCUAAUAUGCAUUAUACCCGUUUUAAAGGAGCGUUUUGUGUGACUGGUAUCAAAGGUCUAUGUCAGACUACACCAGACUACACCAACAGUUAGUGAACCAACAUUUGUCAAUUGGCAUCGUGUGAUGUGGGGAUUUUGUGUGAGUCAUGAAUUUGCAAUUAAUGCCUGCUGUCAAGAGAAGGAAAGGGGGGCACCCAUCCAUUCAGUCAGUAUCAAUUUAGCAGUUUUACUUUUGGGACAUUUAAAUCAUAGGGACCCCAACACACCCUGUUACAGGGCCUGUAGUGAUGAUUAGUUACCUAAUACCGAGGGCUGACAGAGAGGCUCCAAGUGACUUCUGUCAUUCUUCACAGACAGUGGUGUUCAUGACACAGGCCUAUGAUGUAAUAGUGAGUGGUUACACAUUUACUCACAGGAAAGUCCUGGGCAUUCAGAAACACUGUGAGCAUGACUCACUGCCACUGUCUUCACAUACUAACCACGCCCCCAUAAAAGUCAACUUUGCUCAUGAUCAUGGUGUUCUCAUGGACUGUUUUAAUGCUGUAAACCUAUUUCACUGCUAUAAACUUAUUUCACUGCAACCUACACAGUGACUCAAUCUGUGCUAGUCUUGAUUUCCCAUGUUCUUUACAACAAAUGCUAUGUUUCCAUCACAACCUCUUAAAUGACAUUUAGCCAAUGCUUUUAUUCAAACAACUUAGUAAUGCGUGCAUACAUUUUAUGUACAGGUGGUCCCGCGAAUAGAACACACUAACCUCUUCUAUUUUGUUUUCACUACGCAAAGCGGCCCUGCAGGCCUUGAAAAGGAAGAAGCGGUAUGAGAAGCAGCUUACCCAGAUUGAUGGCACAUUGUCCACCAUCGAGUUCCAGAGAGAGGCGCUGGAAAAUGCCAACACCAACACUGAAGUGCUCAAGAACAUGGGCUUUGCUGCUAAGGCAAUGAAGUCUGCCCAUGAAAACAUGUAAGCAGUGGCACACUACUGGUUUAUUAGCUUUGGUCAGGCACUCAUACAGCUCUUGUAUUAAUUCAAAUAUUUAUGUUCCCGCUAUCUUUGUGGUUUAGGGACAUAGACAAAGUAGAUGACUUGAUGCAAGACAUCACUGAGCAGCAGGAGCUAGCACAAGAGAUCUCAGAUGCCAUCUCAAAACCUGUAGGCUUUGGAGAUGAGUUUGAUGAGGUAUGUGACAUGAACUUGUCUGAACAUUGUUCUUGAUUUGGCUUUUAUCAGUGCUGUUAGUUUAAUAGUUGACCAGAUAUCACAGAGCCUGGAUGUUCUGAAUGUCUUGCAUCAUAGGAUGAACUCCUAGCAGAGUUGGAUGAGCUGGAACAAGAGGAAUUGGACAAAAACUUGCUGGAGAUCGGCGGGACAGAAAAUGUUCCUCUUCCCAAUGUGCCUUCUACUUCAUUACCCUCAAGACCUGGUGAGUCCUUUGUAAUAUACAAUAAUAUGCAAUAAAACACGUGAUUUCUCCAUGGGAACAUUUUAUGCCAUGGUUACUAUCCCAACAGUACAUUAAAUAACUAAUUGAUCUAUUGUCAUUUUACACCUUUAUUGCUAUAAAACAUCUAUAUACACAAGUAAGUCACAAUUUUUGCAUUCCUUUUUUAUUUUAGCCAAAAAGAAGGAGGAUGAAGAUGAGGAUGACAUGGAGGACUUACAGCGCUGGGCGAUGGAGGCUAACUAGUUGCAUUACUGACACCAACUGCUGUAGAGGGGAAAAAAAGGACUAAUGGAAUAUUGAGUAUGGUUGUUUUGUGUCCGAGAGCCAACCACCAUCUAAAACUAACACUAAAAGGGCAAUGCUGUAGGUUCUGUUUCCAGCCCAAAACCAGAGAAAGAGUACCAUGGCCUUCCAUGAAAAGAGGAAGUUCAGAAGCUGUAUAAAAGCUAUAAACAGGAUGUUUGAAUCAGAAAAUGUCUUUGGCAAUUUCUACCAAAAAGUUAACAUAAUCAGCCCCCGCCCUUGCAUUUGGGCAGUUAUUGUAAUAUCACUGAACUGUUCUUGUCUUUGUGAUGCUAUGAACUUCACUGAAAGGCAAAAAAUUAUGUUUUUAAUACAUGGGCGUUGCAAUGUCUCUUUUUCCGACUUAAACAUAUUUACCAUUUGGUGUGGUCUGGAUGUUUUUAUUCACCUUUACGUUUUGUUUGUAAUUGCUCUUAAAAUAGGAUGGAAAAAUGAGCAUGCUCCCAUGGUAACGUUUAGAACGGUCGAUUUUCGCGAUUGUUAUUCUGAAACUUUUGCUUUACAUGCUUUCCCCCCCCCUAUCAACAUUUUAGUGAUCCCCAUCUCCAAAGCAUCCUCACCAUGUGACCCUUAUUAUUUGAUGUAAAUAUCUAAAUAAUUUAUAUUUUUGCUGUCACAGAAGGUUUUCUUCAUGUUGUGCUAAGCAUUCAAUGAGGGAAAAAUGUAAUACACCGCACGGCUUCAGAGAAAAAUUAUUACCCCCACCCAGUUCUGUUGUCUGUGUCAUUUCUGAAAGGGUUCAUUUUGAAUUGUAUAAGGUAGGGGGAAGAAAUCACCAUAUUAACUGCAGGAAAAAACUAGGAUAAUGGGUUGUAAUGAUUAGAGUAGUGGAUACAGUAUCAACAUUUUGGGUUUGAGGAUUAGUUGUGGGGUUUUUUUAUUUACGCGAUGUACAUUUUUUACAUAGGAAAAAUAUACACAAGGAUAAGCAUGUUUGCAUUUCUAUGGUAUAUUUAUCCAGAUGAGAAUAUUAUUUGGAAAAUCAUUAAAGUUUUUGAUUAUUUUAUUGUGGUGGAGGUUGUUUUUCUUGGUUAGGCAUCAGUGUUUGAAAUCAU